AUGUGGAAGCUUCGAUGCUCCUCUCCCGGAGAUAGGGCAAGUGUCCCGGGUCAAGAUAUUUCCUCUCUGAAUGGGCACGCUGGGCGGCACAUCUGGGAACACAACUCAGCGCACCUGAGCCCCGAAGAUAUCGCAGUGAUAGAUCGCCUUCGAGAGAACUUCGAACUGAACCGCCAUACUCAAAAACACUCCUCAGACGCCCUCAUGCGCUUACAGUACGAUUCACUUCGCGACGCACGGGGUCGGGCGAUUAAAACAGCACCUCCUCCGCGUUGCGCAUAUGACCCAACUUCUGGGACGGCUGACUCACCAGUGUCCCGGGACAUAGUAAAGCAAGCCUUGCGCGCUGGAAUCGACUUUUACCAGGGACUUCAGGACGAUGAUGGGCACUGGCCAGGCGACUACGGGGGGCCGAUGUUUCUCAUGCCUGGCCUCAUAAUAGCUUUGUGCGUCAUGGGCAAACUUGAUCACGUGCUUUCUGAGGCGCACAAGGUAGAAAUUCGGCGAUACCUCAGAAACCACCAGAAUGAGGAUGGUGGAUUCGGCCUCCACAUCGAGGGACACAGCACCAUGUUUGGAACGGUGUUAUCGUAUGUAGCAAUGCGCCUGCUUGGCAUGUCGCCUAAUACGUCGAAUCUUGUUGACCGAGAAAAUUCUCUUGUUGAUGCCUUGAGCUGGAUUCGCGCCAGAGGAGGCGCAGUCAAUGUGCCUUCUUGGGGAAAGUUUUAUCUGUGUCUCUUGGGUGUGUAUGAAUGGGAUGGAUUAAACCCCGUGCCUCCAGAAUGCUGGCUUCUACCAUACACUUUCAAUCCAUUGCAUCCAGGUCGAUUUUGGUGUCACUGCCGUAUGGUCUAUCUGCCCAUGAGCUACCUGUACGGGAUGCGAGCAACAGCGCAGUCAACUGAAAUCACUGAACUUCUAAAAAAGGAGCUUUAUAUCGACGAUUACGAUUGCAUAGACUGGAACACGACUCGCAACUCGUGCGCCGAAGAAGAUCUUUAUUACCCACACCCAUGGAUCCAAGACUUAAUCUGGUCCGGACUUUCAAAAGUUGAACUGAGUCUUUUGAAAACAUCUGCAGGAAUGUGGCUGAGGGGAAUCGCGUGCAAACUUGCCAUGGAGCACAUUCACUAUGAGGAUGAAAAUACCCGAUAUAUUGAUAUCGGCCCAGUGAACAAGGUACUGAAUAUGCUUUGCUGCUGGUUUGAAGAUCCCUUCGGUUGUGCAAAUCGUAAGCACAUGCAGCGCUUACAUGACUACCUGUGGCUCGCUGAGGAUGGCAUGAAAAUGCAAGGAUAUAAUGGGUCACAACUUUGGGACUGCGCAUUUGCUGUGCAGGCAAUCACUGCCUCCGGCUUAGCCACUGAAUAUACAGACUGUCUUAUUGCCGCGCACAGAUAUCUAGAUGUAAGCCAGGUGCAAGCAGAUUGCCCUGGUGAACUUACAAGAUGGCAUCGACACAUCAGCAAGGGGGCAUGGCCUUUCAGCACGCGAGAUCACGGAUGGCCGAUUAGUGAUUGCUCUUCCGAGGGGCUGAAAGCGGCACUAGAGCUUGAAGGCCUCGGUACUGCGCUAGCCGGGCCGCCCAUACCCAUCGAUCGCCUUGAAGAUUGCGUCAACGUUGUCCUCUCCUAUCAGAACAUGGAGACUGGCGGAUGGGCGACAUAUGAAAAUACCCGCUCAUUUCCAUGGGUCGAGAUCAUGAAUCCUGCAGAGACAUUUGGAGACAUCAUGAUCGACUACUCGUAUGUGGAGUGUUCCAGCGCUAGCUUGCAGGCACUUUCAAAAUUCCGAACACGAUAUCCAACAUCUCCACACAAGGAUAGAAUUGAAAAAGCACUGACCGCGGGGAGGAACUUUUUGCUCUCGAUUCAACGAGCAGAUGGCAGCUGGUAUGGUAGUUGGGCAAUUUGUUUUACGUACGGAACAUGGUUUGGCAUCAAGGGCCUCUUGGCAACGGGAAGCACGUAUGAAACUUGUUCUUCUUUGCGCAAAGCAGUGCGGUUCUUGCUGUCCAAGCAGAUGGCAUGCGGGGGUUGGGGUGAAAGUUAUCUGUCCAGCCAAAAGAAGAAGUACAUCCAGCUGGAAGGAAACGAACCACACGUCGUAAACACCGCGUGGGCUAUGCUUGCGCUUGUAGCGUCUGGUCAAGCAAAAUACGAUCCCGCUCCUCUACAUAGAGCUGCAAGAGCACUUAUGCGAAUGCAGUGCGGUAAUGGAGAUUGGCCCCAACAGUCCAUCAUGGGUGUUUUUAACAGAAAUUGCAUGAUAACAUAUGCCAACUACAGAAAUAUUUUCCCACUCUGGGCCCUUGGUGACUACGCAACAUUGGUGCUCGGUGUGAAGUAAAAUGUGGUGUGAGCAGUGUGUUAACUUUGUCAGUUCUGACCAACAGGGCGCAAAGCGCAUUUUUCCUCGGCAAGUGUUCCUUCGAACCAUCGAAUGAAGCGGACAAGUAUAGUAGUAGUAGUAAUAUUUAUAAUAUUAAUAUUAAUAAAACACU